GCGACACGGGUUUCCGGCGGAAGUCGCCUGUGCACGUCCGUUGCUCCCUCGCGCUUGUCUUGAUGCCGUCAGUUGUUUAGUUGUUGUUUUGUUGUCGUGAAACAGUUUCUCACCGGAUUCUUCGCGCGGAGGAACGAGAGCAGAACCAGCCGCCACCAUGCCGCGCAUCAUGAUCAAAGGAGGAGUGUGGCGCAACACCGAGGAUGAGAUCCUCAAGGCGGCGGUGAUGAAAUAUGGGAAAAACCAGUGGUCUCGUAUCGCUUCCCUGCUUCACCGCAAGUCUGCCAAACAGUGUAAAGCCAGAUGGUACGAGUGGUUGGACCCCAGCAUUAAGAAAACAGAAUGGUCCAGAGAAGAGGAGGAGAAACUGCUUCAUUUGGCAAAACUGAUGCCGACUCAGUGGAGGACCAUCGCUCCCAUCAUAGGACGCACUGCUGCCCAGUGUCUGGAGCACUAUGAAUACCUGCUAGACAAGGCAGCACAAAGGGACAAUGAGGAGGAAGUGGGAGACGACCCCAGGAAGUUAAAACCAGGGGAGAUCGACCCGAACCCUGAAACCAAACCUGCCAGACCUGACCCCGUGGAUAUGGACGAAGAUGAGUUGGAGAUGCUGUCAGAGGCCAGAGCUCGACUCGCCAACACCCAAGGCAAGAAAGCCAAGAGGAAGGCCAGAGAGAAACAGCUGGAAGAAGCCAGGCGGUUGGCUGCUCUGCAGAAGCGCAGAGAGCUGAGAGCAGCAGGAAUCGACAUUCAGAAGAAGAGGAAGAAGAAGAGAGGUGUGGACUACAAUGCUGAAGUCCCCUUUGAAAAGAAACCUGCACCGGGUUUCUAUGAUACUAGCAUGGAGGAGUACAACGCUCUGGAGCCAAACUUCAAACGACUCAGACAACAGCACUUGGACGGAGAACUACGCAAUGAUCGUGAGGAAAGAGACCGGAAGAAAGACAAAGCGAAGAUUAAGAAGAAGAAGGAAAGCGAUCUGCCGUCUGCCAUCCUUCAAACCAGCGGAGUGGCCGAGUUCACCAAGAAACGCUCCAAGCUGGUUUUACCUGCACCACAGAUCAGUGAUGCUGAGUUGGAGGAGGUGGUGAAGUUGGGUGUCGCCAGUGAGGUCGCCCGUCAGGCUGCGGAGGAGAGUGAAAGCGGAAACUCUGCCUCGUCCACCCUCCUGUCAGAGUACAGUCUCGCCAAUAACAUGUCACAGGGACUGCGUACCCCGCGCACCCCUACUGUCCAGGACAGGAUACUACAGGAAGCCCAGAACCUGAUGGCUCUGACCAACAUCGACACUCCUCUGAAGGGAGGCCUCAACACGCCGCUGCACGAGAGCGACUUCAGUGGAGUGACGCCUCAGCGGCAGCAGAAUCAGACGCCCAACACCGUUCUCAGUACACCAUUCAGAUCUCCCGCACCAGGUCAGGGCUCAGAGAGCAUGACCCCUCAAGCCGGAGGAGUGAUGACUCCACGUGGGAUCGUGACCCCGGGUUCGACCCCUGCUCGUACGCCUCUGAGAGACAACCUGAAUAUUAACAGCGAGGAGAAUCUGGCUGACCCUGCAUUCGCUAAACACAUGCUAAGGGAAAGCCUGCAGCAGCUGAGGCAGGGCCUGAUCUCACUUCCUCUUCCCAAGAACGACUUUGAGAUCGUUCUUCCAGAAAACGCAGAGAAAGAACUUGAAGAGACGGAGACGGAGAGCGGCUACAUAGAGGACUCGGCGGACAUCGAGUACCGCAAACAGGCUGUGCGGGAUGCAGAGAGAGAGAAGGAGCUGAAGCUGCGACACACUUCUGUUCAGAGGAGUCUCCCCAGACCCACUGAGGUGAACGAGUCCGUCCUCCGUCCCGCCUCCAUUGAGCCGCUCUCCGACCUCCAGUUGGCUGAGGAGAUGAUCAAACAGGAAAUGAUCACCAUGCUGCACCACGACUGCCUGCACCACCCGUCGACCAACGCAGCCAACCAGCUGCAGCGCGGCAAACCCAGAGGCCCCACGUCCACGUCCAACAACGCGUCGCACAUCGCUUACCUGGAAACACACUCCUACAAGCCAAUCAGCACCGAGGAUAUGGACCAGGCUAAAGUGAUACUGGCUGCAGAAAUGGAGGUGGUGAAGAUGGGAAUGGGCCACGGUGACCUCAGCAUGGAGGCCUACAGCCAGGUGUGGGAGGAGUGCUACGGACAGGUGUUAUAUCUCCCUGGUCAGAACAGAUACACCAGAGCUAACCUGGCAUCAAAGAAAGACCGAAUUGAAAGCUUUGAGAAGAAACUAGAGAUGAACCGUGGUCACAUGACAGCAGAGGCCAGGAGAGCGGCGAAGCUGGAGAAGAAACUCAAGAUCCUGCUGGGAGGGUUUCAGUCCCGAGCGCUGGGGCUCCUGAAGCAGCACAAUGAACUCUGGGAACAGGUGGAGCAAGCAGCUACAGAGCUCCAGACCUUCACUCAGCUGAAGAAACAAGAGGACACUGCCAUCCCCAGGAGAAAAGAGGCUCUGCGGGAGGACGUGGAGCGGCAGAUGGAGAGAGAGAGGGAGCUGCAGCAGAGAUAUGGAGAGUUGCUGAUGGACAGAGAGUCGCUGGUCAACAGUGCUCAAAAGUACUGAGCAUCACACAAACACACACACACAUACAUUCAUACAAACUACACACAUUCAAAUACUGAUGUCAAAGUGACAGCAGCUGUGAGAAACACAAACAAGUUGUCACUCAACGAGUCGUCAUCGUAAUUAACUCAUGUCAUUUUCAAAUGAUUCAAAGAUAAUGGCAGUUCCACAUAUUAGCCCCGCCUACAUGUGCCCAUGUUGCUAUGAUGUCACAAGCUGAGUUCUGAGCAUGCUCAGUGGUCUGUUGUGUUUCUGUAUUAGUGACCAAUAAAGUUUCUUUUCAACAAUGA